GUUCCUGGCACUUUUAAGGUAUUCGUUACGUCAUGCUGUAAGAUUUAUGGGAAAGAAAAACAAAAAUAGGAGAGAACUAUACCAGACGUUGGAUAAUUCUGGAGACAAGGUGGACUUUCGUAACAAUGUGAAAGAAACUGUACCAGUUAAAGGUCUUCAUAAUAUAGGCAACACAUGUUAUCUUAAUGCUGCUCUUCAAUGUCUUGCAAGGAGUCCAUGGCUUUUAGAUCUGUUGGUUGUCGAUGAACCAAGAGAAUCUACUCUGACUAAACCUAAUGGGGAUUCAAUAUCUACGUUAUGUGUUUCCCUACCACUAAUGAAGUGCCCACUGACAAGUCAAUUUAAGGAAAUUAUUUCUGUUUUAAAGCCUGAUGAACUUUCAAAUUCCAAGAUGAGCUCUUCUAACACAAUUAGUCCUGGGAUGUUUCGAAAUGUGUUUGUUGAACGUUGUCCUCGAUUCAGUGGAUUUGGGCAACAUGAUAGCCAUGAAUUAAUUCGUGCUCUCUUGGACUGCUUAAAACAAGAAGAACUUGCACGCUGGAAGAAGGGUAUUUUACUCAAACUCAAUGUUAACCCAAAAGAUGUUCGUGAUGAUGAGAAAGAGUCUAUUCGCAAUUGGGGAAAAGCAGCUUCAUUAGCCACGAGUGUAGAUCGACUUUUCGGUGGGAUUCUUGUCAGUACAUUACAGUGUUGUUGUUGUGGUACUGUUCGCCCUAAAUUUGAACCAUUUCUGGACCUUUCAUUGUCUGUUUCUCAAAACAAUGUUUCAAAACACAAUAUAAAUGAAUUUGUGUCUAAACAGCAUUCUAAAGGUGCCUCCAGUUCCAAACAACUUCGGAAAAAGGAACGUAAACGUAAAACUCAAAAACAACGGAAACGUCAACAUUUUAUACAUGAUCAUCAGUCAAAUCAGGAAUGUCUAGAUCAGUGCAGUUCAGAUUCAGAUAGUCGAAAAACAAAACAAAUUGAACAUUCACCAUUGGAUACAUUUAUUGCAAUGUGUUGUGAUGAUGUAACAACUCCAAAUGUAGAUAGUAAGCUAAUAGAGAACGUGAAUGGGGAUCUUGACAUAGAUGAGAACCAAUAUAAAGAUAAUAAUGGCAACAACGAUGUAAAUAAGAAUGGGGAGAAUUUGCCCAAUUUGAAUGAAUGCGAACUUUCAAGUGAAACAUUAAAUCAAAGUUUUUGUGAUGAAGUGGCAUCCUCAGACGGAAAUUGUGCAGACGGUGAAGGCAGUGAUCGAUGUGAUAGUGUUGCAUCACUACAAGUUAUUACAAAUGGCUGUGAUGAAAAUUUACAACAAGUAGAGAUAAAUAAUACCAAUACGGAACAAAUUACUUAUGAAUUAGAUAAACUAUGCUUGAACACAGUUCCAUCGUUUUCAUGUGAUUCCGAUGAACUAAAUCAAGCUAUUCAUUAUGCGCGAAUCCCACUUGGUCAGAGUAAAAGUAUCAACUCAACAGAAGAUGGAGUCACAUCUAUUUAUGAAUGUCUUUCAAAAUAUACUUCUGCUGAAUUAUUAACAGGAUCUAAUCGUUUAAUUUGUGAUGUAUGCACAAAACGAAACUCAUUAGAUGAAUUGGAAAACAAUUUGACUAGUGAAACAAUGAAUAAACAAACGUCUAACAACAACAAGCCAGACAUUUUACAAGAUGUUAUCAAACGUGAUUUAAUCUAUAAGCCUCCACCAAUUCUGACAAUACAUUUGAAGCGAUUUCAACAGGUCGGUGUUCAAUUACGAAAAUCUCAGAAACGUAUUCAUUUCCCAAUCUACUUGGAUAUCACUCCUUUCUGUUCUGUACUCGCUAUGACUCAUUCCAAUCAGAUUCGUUAUCGUCUUUACGGUGUGAUUGAACAUACUGGACAUUUAACUUCUGGUCAUUAUGUAGCUUAUGUAACUUUACCAAAAUCAUACACUAAUUAUAAUGAUAAUCAAUCAGAUCGUAUAGAGCAUCAAUUCAUUGGCUCAUUGAAUCGUUCACCUAAAUGGCCUUUAUCUGUUAAUGAUUUAAUUCAACGUCUUCGUCGUUGUGAUCAUCAUCAAUUGUUAUUGUCAUCGAAUAAUUUUAUAUCUUGUACUCAAAAUGGCAACAACACUAUCAAUGAUUCAACAAGUCAUAAUAAUGAAGUGGUUGAUGAUGAUCAUCAUGAUAAUGAUGAUUCACGUCAAUGGUUCUAUUGUUCCGACAGUCAUAUAACACGUGUAUCUCAGUCAACUGUAUUGAAUUGUCAGGCUUAUGUUUUAUUUUAUGAACGUAUUGAAUGAAGAAUAUGUAGAACUCUUAGAAACAAACAUAUUUAUGUAUACUUUGUGAGUGUGUGUGUAUAUAUAUACAUAUUACCACUAGUUACUAUUCUUUCAUAAUGUCUCUUAUGCGAAAUGAUGAUUGUAAAUAGUUUCGCUUUCCCCCCUCCCCUGUUUUUAUAUAUAGGUUUUAGAGAAAUAUAUCUUAUGGGAAAUGAAAAACGGAAUUUUUAUUUUGUUGUUAAUGUUCUCGUUCUUCAUAGAGUUCGUAUGUGUUUGUGUGAAUAAUCUUAGUAUGGACUACUUGGCGGGCUUAUCUACUCUCUCUCUACAUAUAUGUUCAAGGCUCAGGUGAAUAUAUAAUAUCAUUGUUAAUCUAUCGAUGGUAGCCAACAGGAAACCUUACUCCGCAUGAGUUUCGUUUUAGUUGGCACUUGUUAGCAAUGCACACAAAAACCUUGAGGAGAAUGGCACUUUCUGUGGGAUUCAAAUCUGGACCGCUAAGCUUCAUAGUGUAAAACGUCAUUCGGGCCGUGAUUGACCUCUUGUUAGACAGAGAUAUUUACAGUUGAUUAAUGAUUGGAUAGUGAUUAAUAUCAUGUUUGCGUAUUCUUUAGUGCUGACAAAAUUCGAUCGACCAAGUUACUAUUGUAAUGCUUAACUUCAGUGAGAAGUAUCCAGAUUUAGAUGGUGGUUAGAGGUAGUCAACAGGAAACCCUGGACCCGGGUUUCGUGCUACUUGACACUCGUCAGCAAGGUGUACCUGUAAUCUUGAGGGAACUGGUGCUCCCUGGCGGAUUCGAUCUCGUGUCACCCAGCUUCACAGUCAGAGACGUUACCACUGAUCUAUCCGAGCCGUGACUAACCUCCUGUAGCAUUCGAUCUGCACUAAUAAGGACUAGACAAGCAUGACAUUGAUCACCACCCAGUGAUCAAUCAAUUGUGAGAAGUAUCCAAUAUGAUAAUCUGUACAAAAUACUUAUUACCAUUUAUCUGUAGCUUCAUUGAACAAUAGACAUAGACAACAUCCUAUCCCCUGCUUAAGAUUCUCCAAUCGAUCCCUAGGUUGGACAUUAAACAGAAGAUUUAUUUGUAAAAUGUAAUUAGGUCAACGACCAAUCAUUGAUACCUGUUUCGUUCUGGGCACUCAGGCAUUAUAUCCCAGCCCUCACACAAAUCGAAUGACUUUUUUAUGGCGCAUAUCUAUUUAAUGCCUCCUUGUACCAAUGUUUAUGUGUUUAUAUAAAUAAAAGAAAAACUUACUAUAAUAUUUACCAAAUAGAUCAAUAUGUAGAACAGUUUUCCCUAAUAUGGCAAUCAGUCAUUCUAUUAAUCCAAAUCUAUUCUAUAUCCCCCCUCUUUUAAUGAAAUAAUAUUGACCUAUUUUGUCUAUUAAUAGAUUGAUUAUGGAACCAAUCAAUAAAUUAUUGCUUCUUAUCAUAUUUGAUUGCUUAGUCUAAUUGAACACCAUUCCCCCCACUACUACUAACACCACCAUCACCACCACCACCACCAACAACAACCAAAAAAUAACAAUAACAUAACUUCAGGCACAUAUUUAUUGAUUAAAAAGUUAAAUGGUUCAAUGAAAUGAGGUAAGGUGUUGUGGGUAUAUUACACAAAAUAGACAAGUGAAUGAAUGAAAGUAAAUUUAUAAAGUGUAUACAUUGUUCCCUGUUACAGGUUGCAGAAUAUAUUAACUAAAAGAAUAUAAAGACCAAAGUAGCUGAGGAGCGUACAAUGUAUGAUGUAUCAAUGGAUUUGUGGAUAAUAAAGCUGAUUCAAGAAAUGUUAAAAUUAUGGAUCAACGAAAUUCUAAGAAUGACGUGAACUUUCUAGGAUCAUGGGAUUUCGUUCAAUCAGUAAUUAAUACACAUAUUAUUAUAGAUCCAGUCCAUUAAUCUUUACAGAGAAGGUUUAUCAAUUACAUCAUCAGAGAUAGAUUGAACAAGACAGUCAACUUGAGUACAAGAAUAAUGAAGAUUCCCAGUCACAAAUCAGGCUAUCAAAAUUAACUUAUUUAACCUACUUACUUAAACGUUUUACCCAUUAUGCCGCUUCGAUAUCCGGUGGAUUCAGUGGAGCUGGUCUAUUCAAGAAUUCCUCGAAGUAUUCUACCCAUCUUUUGCUCUAUUGUUGAAUCUCAGUGAUUGGCUUGCCUUCUUUAUCCUCGACUGGUGUGUCUGGUUUACAAUAUUUCCUUUCUAGUUUCUUUGUGUCACAUAGUUAUUUGAUAUUGCGUUCUCUUUGCAGCUUUUUCCGCCGUGGUUGCUGUCUUCCACGUAUUUCUGUCUGUCAGGCCCUAAAGCUCCUACUAACUUGUUCGUUUGCUUCUGUGUAUUGAGUUUGUGACUUGACUUUGUCUGUUGUUGUUCGGCUAGUUGUUGCUAAUUGCUGUCUUCUUGUUCUUCCUUUGUUGAAUGUUGUUUGAGGUUUCGUUAGAGGUGCAUUCCUUAUGAUGAUGCUUGUUGUGUCCGAGAACCUCGUGAUAUGUUGAAGUUAGUGGUUGAUUGAUCCCUUUGCAACUGUCCUUCAUAGUAGUUACCGCUUCUCCCAGUAGAUUUUGUAAGGGUUGGAACCUUUUCUUGAGAGUUAUCUUGAAUUGAUUGAGUUUGUCAGUAUCUCGUAGGAAGUCUGUAUUGAAGGUUUGUGAUGCUGUUUGUCCGGUAGUCCAGUGUUUGUUUAGCUUGAGUUUCAUCUUGUCAGUCACAAUGAUGUGUUGAUCUGAAGCUAUGUGAGCUUCGCUCUUGAUUCUCAUGUCUCACAUUGACCAUCUGAGUUUUUUGGUGGUGCAAGUCUUAUUUAUGUGGUUCUCUGUAGUGUGACCCGUUGAGACCCAUGUAUGCUUGUAUGUAAUGCCACCUUUAACCAUUUUGUUGAAUGCACAUUAAUUUGCAAAUCUAAUUCUAGUCAAUUUUUAACAAAGCAUGAUUUUUGAUCAAUGUUACACAUGAUUAAUUGUAGCCUUCUCAGUUUAGUUAACCUCACAGUUCCAGACAUUUUUAUAACCAGUCAUCAGUGGGUUUAUGUUAUGAUACGAACUUAGAUGAGAGAAUUGGAUCUGAAUGCAGUCAGUUAGCUCAAUGACAUAACUGCUAGGAUCUAUUUAUGGACUAUUAUUACAUAUAGUCCUAUUGGAUAACUAUUAAGUAACCAUAUUAUAUGUAUAGUCAUGUUCCUUUUAUUAUAAGCUCUCAUUUGACCUAAUGACUACUGUUAUAUGAUUUACCAUUCUUAACUUAUUCCCAAUUUAUGAGUUACAGUCUCGCAUACUCAUAUCCACUUUUUGGCUUAAUCUUGUAUAAUUGUCAUUUUCUAUUUUGUGGUAUGAUUCGGUCUAAUUUGCUUGUAACUAAACUGCGUAUGUCUGAAAUACAUAAUAUGUACAGUGGAAGCUGAAAUUGUGUUCUGAACUCAAGCGGACAGGGUAGGGCGAGAAGAACAAAUAAAGACUCAGAGUUGACUGUAGACUGCUUGUAC